AGUGGAGACAGUGCUGAGGCGAGUUUCAAGGUUGCAAGAGGCUGAGCCGAAACAUGUGCGGGCGGACCUCCUGCCACUUGCCUCUGGACGUGCUCACCAGAGCGUGUGCCUAUCGGGAUCGGAGGGGCCGGCAGAGGCUCCCCGAGUGGAAGGACCCGGACAAGUACAGCCCCUCCUACAACAAGAGCCCCCGGUCGCACAACCCCGUGCUCCUGUCGCGGCUGCACUUUGAGAAGAAUGCAGACUCUUCUGAGCGUAUCAUUGCCCCCAUGCGAUGGGGCUUGGUCCCGUCUUGGUUCAAAGAUGACCUUUCCAAGUUUAAGCUCAACACAAGUAACUGUCGUAGUGAUACCAUAACGGAGAAACGGUCUUUCAAGGUGCCUCUGGGAAAAGGAAGGCGAUGUGUCGUUUUGGCAGAUGGAUUCUACGAGUGGCAGCGAAAUCUGUACACCAAGCAGACGCAGCCGUAUUUCAUCUAUUUCCCCCAAAUCAAGACAGAAAAGCCUGACAUCAUGGGUCCAGAGGAUUGGGAGCAAGUAUGGGACAACUGGCGGCUGCUGACAAUGGCCGGGAUCUUCGACUGCUGGGAGCCCCCGGAGGGAGGAGACCUCCUGUACUCUUAUGCCAUUAUCACGGUGGAUGCCUCUCCGGGCUUGAAUGACAUCCACCAGAGGAUGCCUGCUAUCCUGGAUGGGGAAGAGGCCGUCUCUAAGUGGCUUGACUUCGGUGAGGUCUCAACUCAGGAAGCCCUGCAGUUAAUCCACCCUACAGACAACAUCACCUUCCAUCCAGUCUCUCCCGUGGUGAACAACUGCCACAACGACACUCCCCAGUGUGUGACUCCUGCCCACCUGAUGGUCAUCAAAAAGGAGCCCAAAGCCAGUGGCAGCAGCCAGAAGAUGUUGCAGUGGCUGACCUCAAACUCACCCAAAAAAGAAGACUCAAAAGCAUUCCAAAAAGAAUCAAACGUGUUCCAGUGGUCCAGGCAUUUCCUGCCAAAGAGCAACCUUCCGGUCAAGAGAGGGGGCCCAGGACCCCUGAAGCGGUGGCUGAGACCGGAGAAGCAGGAGGGGCCCGAGGCUAAGCGGCCACAGAAGCAGUAGUGCAGGGCUCUGCGAGAACUCUGCCACCCCCUGCUACACCCAGGGCUGCAGCUCACGUCUCAGCUGCCGGCACUGCAAGGCGGUGGCAUGAUAUUUCUCGACACUGGGGGCUGAGGUGAAAGUGGCCAUCCUGAUUGUGGCUAGAAAUCCCAGGUGAGGCUGUCGGGUGCCCACUGCCAUCACUAGCCCAGGUGAGGCUGUCGGGUGCCCACUGCCAUCACUGGCCCAGGUGAGGCUGUUGGGUGCCUGCUGCCAUCACUGGCCCAGGGGUACCUGGGCUUGCCCAGAUGUCCAGCCAGGCCCGACAAAGCCUUCCCUCGAUUGGGUCCCUGCUGGGAACCCUCAGCCCUGAUCUGAGGCUGCUUUCUGCUCUGCCUCUGGCUUUUGGUCUUGUAGAAUUAAGUUGCUAAGUAUUUUAUCAGAAUAAGUUAUAUUUGAUAAACUUUUGCCUACAUUGUGGGAAAUGAUGCUGGGGGGCGGGGAGGGCGGGAAGAGGAGUUCUGGAUCUUACCCAGUCUUCCUGUAGCAGCAGUCCUAAGGAAUGGAUUUUGUCACAAAUGGGACAUUGGAGCUUGGUGAGAAAAAAAUAAAUAAAUAAAAAGGUUUGGUG